AUGAAAAUUUAUGAAAAUUUAUAUGAAAUACUUUCAGAUAGUGAGCCUGAACCAUCAGGUGAAUCAUUAUUAAAUAUAAAUAGAGAAGAAAGUGAGAUUAAUUUGAUUUUUAGUCAAGAAGAUAAUGAAAUAACCCGAAGCAACCCAUGGAGUAUUAACCCAGUACAUUUAACCCGGGUUGGGUUAGGUUAG